AUGACUGAGCUUGUGCUUCCAUCUCAUUGUGACGGAAGAGGAUUUUGUCUUGGAGGGACAGUUCUUUCAUGGAUUGAUAUCGCUGCUGGCAUUGCUGCCAAAAAGCAUGGUGUUUAUCCAGCAGUGACAAGAAGUGUGGACGCUGUCCAUUUUCUAGGCCCAAUCACAACCCAGAACAUUGUAAUCAUCCAGGCCUCUGUCAAUAGAGCUUGGAAAACCUCAAUGGAGGUUGGAGUUCGUGUCACGACCGAAGACUUGCUAUCGGCUGAGCAACGGUAUUGUUGUCAUGCUUAUCUAACAUUUGUGGCACUGCCACAGCCACCUUUGUCCACAUUGACGUCAGCUCCUUCACAACAACAACAGCAGCAGCAGCAAGGCCAACUACAACCACAAGAUGCAGCUGCAUUAAGAGCAGCACUCUCAAAUUCGCCUGCUGCUAGGCGAUAUAGCUUCUCCUUGCCAAGUGCAAAAUCUAGCUCUAAAAACAAAGAGGACCAAAACCAACGCCCUAUUCAAUUGCCAGCCAUCGAACCCGUUACGGCUGUCGAGAUAGAGCGCUACACGAUGGCUCAGUUACGCCGAGAAGCCCGUCUUAAACAAUCGCUUGAAGCCAAAGAAGAAGACCAGCUACUAAGCGAUGUCCGUGAUCAAAUGCGUCGAUGGAAUGUCACGCAGAUCAAAAACCCAAAAUUAAACCUUCCACUUUCAGAAGACGGAUCGCCCAGAAUUGCCAUGAGAGCUACAUUUGCAGAAUCGGCUCAGUUGGUUUUGCCACAACAUGCCAACUCCUUGUCUAUCACCUUUGGCGGUCAAGUGAUGAAAUGGAUGGAGAAUGUUGCUGCGGUCUCGGCUAGCCGUUUCUCCAGAGUUCCCAUUGUCACCGCAAGCAUUGAUUCAUUGCAGUUCCACAGGAAAACUAUGAUCGGCGAUUGUCUUACAAUGCGUUCCGUUGUUACACGCGUCUUCAAGUCGUCCAUGGAAAUAUAUGUCUUCGUUGAUAGCGAAAACCUUGUCACUGGAAAACGAACGUUCACAAAUGAAGCCUUCUUUUCCAUGGUUGCUUUACAACCCUCGCCUUCUUUGCAGCCUAUUACUGUGCCAUUACCUCGCCUUAUUGCAGAAUCAGAGCUUGAGGUCGCUCUCUCAGAAGCAGGAGAGAGGCGCAGAAUUAAGAGACUGCAGCAAAGGCGUGAACUAGCGGAGCGUGAACUAGCGGAACGUGAGGCUCGCUUACUUGCGCAACCCCCUGCUGUGGAGCAGCCCAAUGCAAUGGAGUAUAUCAAGUUGCAUGUAAACAUCACCAAUUCAUGA